CUUAGAAUCCCCGGCUGAGGCGCCGGCUUGCUCGCCUCGGCAGCCGGGGGUCGAUGCGAGGGGGCCGCCGCGGGACGCUUGCGCCGUGCCACGCGCGGCCAUCAGGAGGGUCGAGGCACUGACCUGGCGCAACUGGAGGGGUCCUCGACUUUCUCCGGACGCAGUCGGCUGCGCCAAAUUCGGGAGUUAAAUGCACUCGGCCCGCUAGCGCCCGCUGCAGUUGCAUUCCGUAUUUCGGUGCGUUAGGACCUCUAUCUCUCUCUUACUCCGCGGCUCGCAGGCCAAUGGCGCAACCCUCUCCUUCGUGGUCCAAAGGGCCGCCGCAGCCGCCGCGCAACCCGGAGCAAGUGAAGAAGCUUCUCUGGCUCGAUGAGUCCCUUUGGAGUAAGGUGUCGGAGAUGGUAGGGUAUCUACACGCAGCAGAGGGCAGCACAAGUAACAGCAGCGGCGCCAAGCCAGAGGCGGCGCCCGCGCAAUCCAGCGUCAACAGCGUUGUCUGCAGUCCCGACCUAGAGGUGUUCGCAUCGGCGCAAUACCAGUGUGCGUUGUGCCACAAGAGUUUUGCGCAGAAGAACACGUACCAGAAUCACAUGCGUUCGCACGCAGCGCCCACAGCAUCGACGGUCGUGCUGCCACCUGCCACAGCUUCAGUCCAACCGCCUGGCGAGGUCAGCACGUCGACAGCGCCGAGCAGCAACGGCGCCACCGCCGGUGAAGACCCCUACCCUUGCACCAUCUGCGGCAAGACGUUUGCGGUGCCAGCGCGUCUCACGCGCCACUUCCGCACGCACACGGGCGAAAAGCCGUACGAGUGCGAGUACUGCCACAAGUCCUUCUCUGUCAAGGAAAACCUCAGCGUGCACCGUCGCAUUCACACAAAGGAGCGACCGUACAAAUGCGACGUUUGCGCGCGUGCUUUCGAACACUCAGGGAAACUGCACCGACACAUGCGCAUCCACACUGGCGAGCGACCGCACCGGUGCAACGUGUGCGGCAAGACUUUCAUUCAGUCAGGUCAACUGGUCAUCCACACGCGCACGCACACAGGAGAAAAGCCCUACGUUUGCCAGGUCUGCCACAAGGGCUUCACCUGCUCCAAGCAGCUCAAGGUGCACUCCCGCACGCACACAGGGGAAAAACCGUACGCGUGUGACAUCUGCGGCAAGGCUUUUGGCUACAACCACGUCCUCAAGCUCCACCAGGUCGCCCACUUUGGCCAAAAGGUGUACAAAUGCACAUUGUGUCACAUGACAUUCAGCUCGAAAAAGGCGAUGGAAGCGCACAUCAAGACUCACUCUGGUAGCAACGCGGAAGCGAUGCAGGCGGGAGCGCAAGCGAUGGUGUCGGCGCCGUCGCCGCUCGACGAGUCUCCGUUUGGUCAGCCGGCGGCGCCGCGCGCUGAGCGCGUAUCGAUUGACCCGGCGCUGCUGACGGCGAUCGACCUCCGCGAGGGCGGCAACGUUUCCACCGGUCGGCGCCACGACGACGAGGACGACUCACGAUCGUCGUCGGCGACACCACCGCUGCACGUGGACGAGGAGGCGGCGACGCCGAUCGAGCCGACCGUGCGGCUAUGCCCCGACCCGCGGUCCAUGCUGCCGGCCGCGCAGACAGACUACCUCUCGGGUGGCGCCAUGCCACCCAACUACCUCCUGCUCGAGCGGCGCAAGCGGGGCGCGUCCGUGCCGCCCACGCCGCCCAACUCGAACCCCGAGUCACCGUCGCCGGCAUCCUCGCCGGACCCCGGCGCGGAUGACGGCGCCGCGGCCCCGCGCAAACGCUCCAAGAUGAUUCUGCAGCGCUACAUGCAGGAGUCGACCACGCCGGUGCGCAGCUCGUCUGUCAUCCGAUUCGCACAGCGUCACGCCCACUGAACUACCUCGCCAUUCCAAAGCUAUCGGCGUCGACGCCGCCGCCGCCGCAGGACCCCUGAGAGGAAGGAGCAGCAUUUUCGCGCCGCGUUGUCUGACAACAGUUUACACAUGCAUAUAGGAAAUUAUAUACAUACCUUGGGCGCCGCCUCGGUGCUCUGAAGACGACAUCUCUGCGCUGCUUGCGGGAUGCAUUCAAGAAUUUCCUCGUGAAGUAAAAUUACCUUUUAAGCGUUAUGGUAAAGUAACUCUAUAUCGUGGAUGUAACGAAGAAUGGAAGGAAAAAAUACGAAAGUCUUAACUCACAAGAAGUCUUGCUGAAUAUCAUUCAAAAUGAGAACAGCGAUAUAUUUAUACUUGAAGCGGAUCCUGAGAGGUGAAGCGAGCCGCUGCGGAAAAAGUAAUCACACCGUUUUGAUUGGUUUUGAUAUUGUCACUUGUUUCGUUCUUUCAUGUUUUACUUAAUUUAUUGUUAGAAAGUGAUUGAUUUCCAGGAGUCUAACUCUCGUGAAUUUAGUGUUUGAAAAACCAACGUUAUGAUAUAUUAAGUGAGCAUUAUGUAUUAAUAUUAUUAUAUAGAAUAAUCUGAUAAUAAUAUUUUUCUUUAGUCGCCUCUUCUAGUUUUUGAGCAAACCCUCUAAGGAGUUUCCAAACGAUGCUGUAAAAAUGAGAUUUUUGUGUGACUUUUGACUGUGGUGGAUUUUUUAAUUUCUAAAAGAAUUUUACGGGGCAAACCUAAAUAAGUGUAUAUGUACUAAUUUAAGACUGCAUUGAGCGGCACUAAGCGAAUCGAAACGUGUGUAUCUGAAUUAACUGCUGGCAAACAAGACUGCGUUUAUUCUCCAUAUUUUCGAUGACUUGACUUCAGGGAAAGAAAUCCAACGUUUUGGUUCCUAAACGGACUGAUUAUAAGCAAAAAAGCGCGGGUUUCGAUUCGCAGCCGCAUCUCUCGAUUGUUGCGAGCUCAAAACUGAAAGCUCAGAGCCCUUUCCAAACACCUAUUAAAAACGAAAACGCGACAAUCGCAAAUGUACGGAAAACAUAAAUCACCAGACGAGCAAAAUGUAUGUGCGUCGAGAGAAUAAUAGGAAUUUUUCUAAAAGCUCUGAAAGCAGCUCUUAGAAACGGUUAUUGUCUCUUUUUAAUUACCUUUUGCCCCAAGAUCGAUUCGUGUUGAUAGAUGCAGUGAGAAAGAUUAUUAUCUAUUGUUUGUUCCCAUAAACACUUGUGAACACUUGUGCUGUUUUGUCAAAAGUACUAAAAAUUUGUUAGCCACAAAGACCGGUAAAGCGGCAAAAAGAGACACGGAAGAAAGUGUGUCUCUAUAAUAAACGUGUAAAUAGGACGAAUGUACCGCAACAGAACACAAGAAUUAAAGUUCAAAACAUUAUUUACCGAA